AUGGCAGCGACUCCGUUCGACCCGUCCCACUUCGCCAAUGCGUUUGAUAUCUACACUGAUGCUGCCACGGUCAAGGCGCCGGUCCCCAACCUGCCCGGGGGAUCAUGCAAUUUUGCGGACCUGAGCCCUGGCGCCAAUGGAGCUCGAUGCGGAUGCAGGAGGUUCUGGAGUCGAAGUCCCACCGGCAACAGCCUUGUCCCGGACCAGUCCCAGUGGUGCAUGUGCAAUCACCACGCCUGCUUCCAUGAGGAGGGAGACCAUAAUGUCCAGCAGCCUGAAGCUACCCAGCCGGGUCAGGAGAAUGAGAAGCCCAGGUCUGGUCGAGAUCCCUUGAGCCCCGUCAUGGACCUAACCAUCAAGACACCGUCUGCCCUUACUGGAAUGGACUUUCCAAGCUUCAAUGGAGGAAACGCCUUAUCUCUUAUCCCAAGGGCACCAGAGGAUGCCGGAUCUUACCCAAGGCCACCUGUCUGUUCAAAUCCCGGUGCUUCUGCUUCACUCCCGGAUACCCUCAGCUGGACCGGACUUCUCCAGUCACAACCACACCCCUCCGCCAUACCUCCCAUACCGGCCCAGUGCUUGAUUGCGUCUCAAACAGCUUCCACAACCUCAUCUGUCCAGGCCAAGUAUUUGCGGCCUUUUGCAGGAAAAGGCCUCCAAACGCUCAGCGGUGUGGCGAGCAGCAACAAACCCCUAUCUCCCCUACUGGACAGGACUCCCGGCUCCAAGCCAGCUGCGGCGGCCCAGGGACAGGCGCCGCAUGCUGACUCGUUCACAUACGUUUCUCAGGAUUACAGAGUGCCCGACACUCCUCGCGCGGGCACGCCAACACAGUCCGAGCCACGGGCGGCCGUGUUCAAUGCGGCCGUCUCGCGUCGCGCUUUCAAGAACCUCUCAGAUACCGUCAGCAGCCAUGACCAGCGAUUGGAUCGGUUGGAGACAGUUUCGUUCACUGCUCCUGGGCACGAGGAUUGUCAUGAGAAGCAUGACCAUGCUGAUAUCCGCAUGACAGAUCUGGAAAGCAGAGUCGAUGAGGUUGAGAGGCUCGUCAAUGACAACAACAGUGUUGCCUCUCGCCGCGCCGACGAUGCCAGCGUUGUGUCGGUUUCCACAAAUGCCACGAGCCGGCCAACUCAUUCACAAGAGCUCAUGAGCCAAGUCCAGGAGCUGCAGGCGCAGGUCACCCAUCUUCAGUCAUUAAUGCCCUCACCUAGUCAUCCGUUCGAGGUCGAGGUGGUGUUUUUGCCAUUUCCUCUUAAGAAGGUGUGGCAGGAGGCACAGCAGUUCAAGACUGAGCCGCAGAUUUCUAAUGAGGAUUGGACUCAACUCCCCAUGACACACAGUACAGCCACUAUGCGGUCUGAGACGUCCCUGUAUCCCGACUGGACAGCCUCAGACCAGGACUUGAGGUGGCUGCUUCCCAAGGCUUUCCGGGACAAGAGUGUCAUUGACCAACGGUUGCGAAGCCGUGGGCUUAUCAAGACCAUCACGGUUAUGGGCUCGGACGCGCGCAGCGUGACAAUGGCUAUGAACACAGCAUUUGGACAUGUCUUUCGAGAGAUGAACAUCUUUGCCCGUCCGCAGACUACAGAUCCCCGGUCAUCAACAUUCCUGGGACUUCAGUCGACCUGGGUUCCCCUACGCAAGAUUCACAAGGACUCGCGUUUGCGCUUCCUGAGCCCUGCAGAGAUGAUGACUCCGGCCAUCUGGGACGUGUCGUUCCUGAGUUCGGUCAUGAUGAGGGCGUCUGAACCUAGAUUGUUCAUCACUCAUCCUGAUGCCUACCUCCAGGACUUCCAGGCCUACGACAUGGGCUGGACGUGGCAGAACCUCAAGGAGAUGAGCCCAGUCGUCAUCGAUGCGUCGGCGUCACAGGCGGAUGCCAACGUCGGCGAGGAGUGCUGGUCUUGGGUUGAGCAACUUGACGAGCCACCGAGCGCGCACACAUCUAUGAGUGCGCGCAAUGAGAGGCAGCCAACGUCAUCAUCGCCGUCGCAGCAAUUCUUCCCUGCUCUACAAACGAUGCGAUCCUCAAGUCCUUCAGUUACACGAGGCCAGUCCCCGAUGCUCUCCAGCCGGAGAGGGUCUCGUCCUCCUCAUAUCCGAACCUCAUCCAUGCCAAUGUCUGCUCCUAUUCAAGUCUCGCCUGCACUCAGCAAGCGUCGUGUCGCCUCGUAUGGACAGAGCCGUCGUUCAUCCCCUGCCAUCCAAGCCGCCAACCCUCAGUCAGCCAUCAUGAAGCGCCGUCGCAGCACGAGAUCGCCAAGUCAUUUUCGAUUCACGCCGAGACGGACGCACUCGCCAAGUCCCAUGCCUCUUGGCCUCUCGGACCGUCAGCCAGCGCGUGGCACUACACCAUUUGCAUAUGCCACACCGUUCAGCAACGCUCCUCUCCAGGAACGUCCCGUCCGGGCAGGCAGCUCUGCACCAGCUGCAGUCCAAGAUGGGUUGGACGACGACUCAGACUUUGACUUCCAGAUCUGUGAGAGUGGUUCGGAUGACAUGUAUGACGAUGACGACGAAAGCGCUGGUAUCGUCGAGAUGGUUGUCCAAGACCACACAAAUACCAAUCAAGGCUCUCAGGGCUGGCAGCUGCCAGAGGAUGAGCCAUGGCCUGGCAUUGAAGACCCAAACAAUGUCUCGGAUGGAGAGAACAUCGAUCCUCUCCAGGCGGACCGUCACAGCAAUGCCAGCAGCCAGCCAUCGGAAUACCCCAGCACACAGAGUGCAUGGCCCAACGGCGACACGUCUGGCUUUCAUAUUCACGAAGAUGAAGAAAACGCGUCAUGA